AUGUCAAAUUCAGAUGGAAAUAAUUCUCGUUUAACAUCAAUGAAUACUAAUUCUGCAUCUUCAUCAAUAAUUAAUUCAACACCAACAUCACCACCAACAAGUUCAAUAUGUUCUACUUCAACAUCACCUUUAUCAAUAACACCACGAAGAAUUGUUAAAGCUAAGCGUAGUUUAGUGUGGAGAUAUUUCAACGAUAUGAAAGAUGAUGUGUUAAAUGUUGAAUGUGUUUUAUGUUCAAGUGUUAUUACUCGUAAAUCAACAUCAACAUCCGAUUUAUUACAUCACAUACAAAUACAACACAAUGUCGAGUAUCAACAUUUGAAUAAAGUUAUGAAAUCACAAACUCAAAUUUCUGAUUCAACAACAAGAUUACCAUUAACAAGUGAUCGGUCCAUUCAUUUAACUAAAUUAAUUGCUGAUUUAAUCAUUUACAACUUUCUUCCUUUAUCAGUAGUUGAAAGCCCUCAUCUACAAGCAAUUCUUGCAGAAGCUGAACCAUCAUAUACAAUUCCUCGACGAAAAUAUUUUACUAAUAAUGUUUUACAAGAAAUGUAUAGUGAUGUUCAACAGAAAGUUUAUGAAGAAUUACAACAAGCACCUGGUAUUUGUUUAACAACUGAUAUUUGCACUUCUCAAGCUAAUCAAGCUUAUAUGACAAUUACAGCACAUUUUAUCGAUUUAAAGAAUAAAAAAAUAAAAAAUUUUGUAUUAGAAACAAAAGAAUUUACGGGAAAUCAUACAGCUGAACGUAUUGUAGAAAGUUUAGAAAGUAUUUGUGAUAAAUGGUCAAUUGCUGAUAAAAUUAUUUGUUUAAUAUCUGAUACUUGUAAUAGUUAUUAA